AGUUUAAUUAAGAAUAAGUCAACUGGAAGUGUGAAAGCUUUCUUUUUAGUAAUUUUACGAAAGGAUAAAGUAAUUAUCGCUGGACAGUGGUUAUUUCAUAUAGCCUACGUCCGACGGCGUUCAAGAUGAUGAAAGACGCAAUGGGCGCAGCUUCAAUGUAGACCUUUGAACUAUUUUUACAGCUGUCGUGGGUUAAACAUGCUGAUGACCCAAUCGACUGGAAAGUCGUUUAUGGAAGCCAACGAUCGUAUGUUUUUACGACACCGUGUUUAUACACACGCACUGACACCACUGGUUAAACGUUUCUCACCAAAUCAAAAUCUAACGUCACUAGAAAACAAUUUACGCUAAACCUAACUUCAAAAGACCUUUCAAGCUCAGUACUGUAACUGUUUUAACCAUCUACUGUCCUGUAAAACAACCGUUGUUACAGGGAUGUUUUUGUGUUUAGAAAACUAAUUGUUUUGACGCAGUUCAACCGUUGAAAACAAUUAGCAUUCUGUGUACUUUAGGAUCUGACAAAAAUAACCAAUUCCACAGGAAUCUUGUAUUUUAUAUGAUGUUGAUACAGAAUAUGUAGAUAAUGUCUUUUAACAUAUCGCCAUCAACUGAGGAGCCUGACAAAGAGGACAUUCAUCUCUUACCCACCCCUGUGCUGGUUCCAGUGGUGAUCAUCAUGGCGAUUAUCAUACUGACGACGGUGAUAGGCAACCUCCUCAUCAUCACCUCCUACCUGAGAGACAGGUCUCUACGGACGAGCUACAACAUCUACAUCUUCAACCUCGCCAUCGCUGACAUGCUCAUUGGUUUUAACAGCAUGAGUUUGUACACCGCAUACACCAUCAAAGGGUUUUAUUGGCCCCUGGGUCGGGCCAUGUGCAAGAUAUUUCUGUGCGUGGACUUCACUCUCUGUCUGGAGACAGUCCUGAUGAUCAUCGUUCUCAGUCUGGAUCGCCUGAUCCUCAUCACAACUGGAGAUAACUACUCUGAGACUAGGAGAAUGGCGUACAUCAAGGUUACGGCCAGUUGGAUCUUUGCCUUUUCUGUUUACGGUCCUGCGAUCAUCGGCUGGAAUUACAGGGUAGGGAAAUCGGUCAUUGUAGACGGCGUGUGUGACACCGAAUUUAACAAGAAUUUUGAAUACAUACUAGCAACAGCUACUGUGGAAUUUGUUAUUCCCUUUGUAUCAAUCAUAGUGUUAAACACAUUAAUCUAUUUGAAAAUUCGAAAAAGCAACAAAAUAUCAGAUCGGCGAAAAUCGUCAACUCCUACACAAGUCCUUACCGGUGUAUUUUUGACCAAUGCCACUAGUGGUGACUGGAACAAUCAAGAUAGAUCACCAGUGAACGGGAUCAAUCAAGGUUGCAUUAGUGUGAACGAUCCAAGUAGUGCUGACAGUAACGCUAGUGGGAACAAUCCAGGUAGUGUUAGUGAGAACAAUCCACAAAGAACUGACUGGACCAUUCCAGGUAAUACUGGUGGGGACAAUCCACAUAGAACUGACGGGAUCAUUCCUGGUAAUAUUGGUGGGGACAAGCCAGAUAUAACUGGUGGGACCAUUCGAGGUAAUAUUGGUGGGGACAAUCCACAUAGAACUGACGGGACCAUUCCAGGUAAUAUUAGUGGGAACAAUCCACAUAUAACUGACGGGACCAUUCCUGGUAAUAUUGGUGGGGACAAUGCACAUAGAACUGACGGGACCAUUCCAGGUAAUAUUAGUGGGAACAAUCCACAUAUAACUGACGGGACCAUUCCUGGUAAUAUUGGUGGGGACAAUGCACAUAGAACUGACGGGAAUAUUGCAGUUAGUGCUGAUGCUAAUAAUUCAAACAGUGUUUGUGGGAACGUGCUCACUAGUGUUGGAAGACAAAAUCGCGAGAGAAACGCGGCCAAGACCUUGUUGCUUCUGGUGAUGGUGUUUGCUGUCUGUUGGACUCCGUACACAGUGGCCACCAUUGUGAAGACCCUGUGCGAGGCAUGUGUUGACAAAUAUGCGUAUGCGUUUUUUAUCUGGCUGCUGUGGACAAAGUCAUGCGUCAAUCCGUUUUUGUACGCAUACACAUGUGAUAAAUUUCGUAAAAACUUCAAACUUUUGUUGCUGUGUCCUAGAAAGAAGUCAUGAGAACCGAACAUUUUAAUUGUUAAUAUGUACCCCUGUACAUAUGGAAGUAUACUAAUAACAGUUAUAUUACAGUUAAAGAUCACUUGUUUUAUUUAGGAAUAAACAUAACAGUAAGUUUA